AUGGUCCUCAGAUGGCCGAUACAUAGCCUUUUGCCCGCGUUAGCCUUCGCUGCAGGUGAUGUGGCGUACAUUGAUCGCUGUCACCCCCCGUCAUGGAUGAAUACGCACGAGUUGGAAGAUGUUUACAAGUUAAAUUGCGGAAAGGUAACAAAUGCCACUCUUGACUUCAACGAAUUCCAGUGGAAAGUCAGCGAUAAGCAGAAUACGAUCUGGAAGGGACGCAGUCAAACGGCCCUGAUGUUAUGCAGGGCAGCCAGGGCAAACCUCGAGAAGAACGAUGUCAAAACGGCGGCUGAGCUGGCCGUGCAAGCAUGGGGGCAGCACAUCAUGAAUGGCACAGUCUGUUGCCCACUGCCCCACGCACCUUUCUGCCUGGACACUCGUGCAUCGGCCACGUCCUUCAUAGUCUAUAUACUUUUCGGCUGGAUGGUCGUGAUGUUUCUGGGCUCGCUCUUUGCGUCGAUAUUCUUGCGGCCUCCCAAAGAGGAGGACAAGGCAGCCGACGCUGCUACGGAUCACUCUAUGCCAUAUGGGACAGUCAUGUCACCCGCGCCAUCUGGCGCAAACUUGGCUCGCGAGCUGCAGGACUUCUUCUUGCGAUCACACUCGCUGCGGGUUCUCCCUGGUGCCCGCGAGUUUGCUGCGUCUGCUUCGAGCCUCUUCGGGGCGUUGCAGGAAGCUUUUGACUUCCAGGAUGACAGCGUCAGAAACCAGUUCGAGCACCUGCUCUCGCUCCUGCAGUCGCACAGUGCCUUAGUGGCCGACCGGGAUGUGCAGGAUGAGGAGGAGGUUCGGGAAGACCAUCUGCUCACCUCAGCGCUGGGGGAGCUUUACACAGAGCUGCUGCAGGGAUUCCGUCGCUGGCGCAGCACCUGCUGCGAUUCCGAUGACUUCGACAUGCCUGAGAGACGCGAGGGCACGUUGCCGCCACUGGCAGGAGCUCGCUGGAACCCCCUGCCGGCGUCCCUCUACGGGGGUCGAUCCGACGAUGCUCUCGAAGCCUCAAGGCAGCUGGCGGAGAUCACAGCAUACUUGCUAGUUUGGGGUGAGGGCGGAAAUGUCCGUUUCAUGCCAGAGGUUGUAUAUUUCCUGACAGAGAUGGCCCUCGCUGCGGAAGCCCCGGGGGCAGCUGGACUGUAUGGAGGAGCCGGAGGUCGUUCUGAUGGAUCGUCAUUUCGGAGCCGCAACUUCCUGGCAAAGGUCAUCCGGCCGAUCUACAACGUGGUCUUCGACGAGUGGUACGAGAAGGUUGACAAAAAUGGCCAAAAGGACAGGAAGAUCCUCCACAAGGGAUACGAAGCCUUCCUGCCGCCAGAUGUUGCCAACUAUGAUGAUUGGAACGAGCUCUUUUGCGACCCCAAAAGGCUCUACUCGACUAUGGUCUGUCAGGACGGGGAGAAAUUCUGCGAGAUCGAGCAUGCACGCCGUUUUGCCAAUUUGCACAGAGUCGCUUGGGAGUGGACUCUGGAUCGCUUCGAGACGAAAACCCACCGCGAGGUGCACUCGCUUUGGGGUUUCCUGGCCUCCACACACAGAGUGUGGCUUGUGCAUAUGCUUUUGUUCGCAACCGGCUUGACUCUCACGAUCGCGGACCCGGCUCACAUCCAGUUCGGCCACGUCGCGCUCCUGGGGAAUCAGUUCCCGGUGAGACUUGCAGCUGUCGGGCUUGUGGUGCCCCUCCACGCUGCUCUUUGGGGCUUCGCACGCUACGAGACGACUGGAACAACCGUCUGUCGGAGGAUCAGUGGACCGGCCUGCUGGUUUGCCGGCCUCGGCCGCGCGUUGCUGUGGGCUUCGCCCUUGGCCACUUACGGUGCCAUCCGAUAUGUGGAGCUGAAGGGCGAGAAAUUCUCGGAAAGCAAAGACCUGCAGCUGGGAAUGGUGCUGGCUGCGCACGCAGUGCUUUCUGUGCUGGGCUUGAUCGCGCACCUCUUUUUUCCAGAUCGGACGUACGACAUCUUGUUCCCCAGAACGCCGGUACACGUCUGCCUGCUUGUUGUUCGCUACAGCUUCUGGUUCUUCGUCUUUGCAAUCAAGUUUCUCGUGAGCUUCACGAUCUUUGCAUCCGUAUACCAUCUGAUGCACCGAGACUUGCGCAUCAUCAUGUUGGGACAGCAGAGCGUCACGGAGAUGAAGUUCUCGUGGAGCAGCGUGGACUGGGGAAAAGAUGUGCUGGAGUGGGCCUUGCUGUGGUUCACGACCUUCUUCCUCUUCUGUGCUGACACAGGGAUGUGGUUCACUCUUGGUUGCACCUUCCUUGGAGUUGGCACCUACUUCGUUCAGCGCUCGUGUGAAAUUGGCACUUUCUGCUUUGAGGAUGCAGUGGCCAAGAUCCCCGAAAGGAUGACAGAAAAGGUGUUCUGUUUCGUCAAGAAGCAUGUGGAGGGCAGGGAGAUGGCUCGCGAGUUCCCCUUGGUCUGGGACCGCAUCGUAGAGUACAUGCGGUACGAAGAUAAAAUCGGGAACCAGUUCAUGGCAGAUCAGUCCUUCAUGACCAAAAGCACCCGGGGCAUCGAGUGGAGCAGCCUCAGCAAGGCCAUCCAACCAGCUCUGCCCGGUGCUGGCGCAGAAGAUGGCUCCGCCCAGCUUCGGAUUGUUGUGCCGAAUCUCUUCAAAGAGCAAUCCGUCGUGCAAAGAGCCUGCCAAGCUUUCGUUGCGAACUCGCAUUGGCCAGCGAACGCCGAAGUGCAGUGGCGGCUCCUGGCUUUGUCCCGUGGGCUCGGGCUGCCCAUCCCGAAGCCUUUCCGGGCACCAUUCAUCCCUGGCAUCACGGUCCUGAUUCCGCACUAUGGCGAGACCAUCUUGGAACAAAAGGACUCGCUGUAUGGUGGUCGCGCUGAUGACACUGUUCCGCUCAUGGACUGGCUGAAAGCUCGCUAUGAGGACGAAUGGUUGAACUUCGAUGCAAGGAUGCAGGCCAAGUCCGACAUCCAGCUGCCUCAUGGCGCGAACUGGGAUGAAUACACAGACGAGCAGUGGGAGAAAAUCUGCGGCUGGUCGUCCAUGCGAUUGCAGACAUUGUGGCGCACGGUCGCAGGCAUGAUGUUGUACCAUCCUGCUCUGCAGUGCCACUAUGAGGUGCAGGGCGUGGGCCGGAUUGUUGGUGAAAGGAAGCCUGCGAUGGCCCAGGUGUGGACUCCGAAUGACUGUUUCAGUUGCAUUGUGUCCAUGCAGCAGUACGCCAACUUCGAGCCGGUUAGAUACAAGCACACCAACCAGAUGUUCGCCAAGUUUCCGAGCAGCUUGAAGGUGGCUUACAUCGAUCAGAAGGACAGGAACGUCCAUGCAGAGGUCGACAACGUCCAUCCAAGACAACAUCGGCGCUACUUCAGCUGCUUAAUCGAUGGAUCGUGCGCUGACGUUGGUGGAGGUCGAAGAGCGGCCAAAUUCACGGUUGAGUUGCCAGGAUACCCGAUCUUGGGCGAUGGGAAGAGUGACAACCAGAAUCACGCCAUUAUCUUCUUACGAGGCAUCUUCAGCCAAUGCAUUGAUGCGAACCAAGGGGGCUACUUCGAGCAGAUGCUGAUGCUUCCCUGCGUGCUCGGAGAAUUUCGCACUGCAGAGCGUGGAGAUGAAGCGGCCAAGCAAAUCAUUGGUCUUCCGGAGCACAUCACCAGCGAUAUCGGAUCCGUGGGCGACUUCGCAGCAGGCUCGGAAGUUGCCUUUGGCACGAUCCUGCAGCGGACCUAUGCAGUGCUGGGUGCCAGAAUGCACUACGGCCACCCCGACAUCAUGAACAAGCAGUUCAUGAUCCAGCAGGGCGGUGUCUCCAAGGCCACGAAGACCAUCAAUUUGUCCGAGGACAUCUUCGCCGGCAUGGAUUUUACGCUGCGAGGACAAGGCCGCUCCAUCAAGCACUGCGAGUAUUUUCACGUGGCCAAGGGCCGGGACCUCGGCUUCAACACCGUCCUCGGCUUCUUCUCGAAGCUCUCCUCCGGGGCCGGCGAGCAGAUCCUCACCAGGCAGAUGUUCCGACUUGGGCAGAUUCUGCAUUUGCCGGAAGCACUGACCUUCUACUAUGCCCACGUUGGCUACUACAUCACGCAAGGCUUGGUGUCGGCAUCGAUGCCGAUUCUUGUCUUCGCCUGGAUGGUUGUUCUUGCCGGCGAUUGCGAGCAAACAUUUCGAGUCUUCGAGAACUACUGUCCGACGGUCCCUGCAGCGCAGGCAAUGGCCAACCUGUUGUCGGUCUGGUACUCGUGGGUGAUUUUCCUAUUCUUGGUCGCAACCUCCAUGCCCCUCUUUGCAGAGUCUUGGAUGGAGAGGAGCUUUUGCCAUGCAGUGUGGAGAUUGGGCAAGCAGUACCUGACUUUGUCCUUCUUGAUGUUCGUGUUCCAGGCCAAAAUCAUCGGAUACUAUGUGGUAAACGAGUUGCGCUACGGAGGUGCCCAGUAUGUCGCGACUGGCCGUGGGCUGCCGACCUACCGCCGGCCUUUCAUCGGCGAGAUUCGGCCAGUAGAUGCCCAUGAGCCGGACGGCCCCAAGAAAUUGACGAAGGUUGGCGGGCUGUAUCUCGAUUAUGCCAUGUAUACCUAUUACGAUGGGAUGCGCCUUCUUCUGUGCUGCAUUGCAGUAUUGCUCCUGGGUGGCGUCUCGGAUGCUGGCGGUCAAGCUUCCAGCCUGGGCUUUACAUGGCUUGCCAUCGGGAUCACGAUCGUGUCGUGGCUCUACGGGCCGUUCGUUUUCAACCCGUACCAGUUCGACUUGGAUGAGGUGAAGGACGACGUGAGGGCCUGGUUCUUGUUCUUCCUUGGAGACCAAGGCAAGCUGUGGGUUGAGAACUACCAGAAGACGCAGCUAAAGCCUCUGAAGGGCUUCAGAGAGUCUGUUAUCGGCGUGAACUUCCUGGUAUCGAUCUUUUGCUUAGCUAUUUGGUUCGCCAUCUUGACGCACAAGCUGCAGCUCCUCGAGGUAAUCUACUCCGCGUACACGAGAGUGGUCACCCUGUCCGUGCUGACGCUACUUCCGCCAAUAGGCUUGUCGCUUUUGUACUGCUUGGUGGUGAGCGUAAUGGAGAGCAUCUUCGCAUGCCCAAGGGCCGUGGUUCCCCCGGACGCACCUCGACGGACGCGCGCGACGGACCUGGAGGGCGCAACCAGCAGCUCGGAGUCGGAGUCGGAGAGCGAGGAGGCAGGUGCCAUGGGCCGUGCAACCUUGGCAGAAGCUGGAGUUCCUGUGCAUGCAGCGAUGCAGGACACGGUGGUGCCACGACGCCCUGAAAGUGAUGACGAGGAAGAGAAAGGCUGCAAGCUGCCGGAGGCAGUUCCACUUGCCUUUUCUGCCUUGGUCGUGACUGCGUUGGAGAUUAUAGAAUCCGCGCUUCCACUAUAUAUCGCCUUCGACCCCAUGAAGGGAAGCGGCGCAGGGUGGGGCAAGACCUUCAUCUCCGGCUUGGUGCUGAAAUACCUUCUCUACGAGAUGGUUCUGUUCAUAUCCGAGGGCGUCCUUCGCUCCAGAUGUUUCAACCGAGUUGGCAGCGCAUUGCAGUUCCUGAGUGUGUGGGUGCAUGCGAACCGGAUGUUUCGAGAUAUGUUUGUCUCCGGUUUCAUCCUUGUGACCUUGUCUCCUUUUGUGCUGCUGGACACCAUCAAUGCAAUGAUGUGUGACGAGUGCAGCCUGCACAACCUCUUGGUGUACCGCGACCCUGGACAUCUGGCCAAGCAGGCCUUCGCUCUCCACUACUCAGCCGAGGAGACGGACUCGGUGGAGGACAGGGAGGACGGAUUGGCUAGCGGCAGGAGAGCCAGCCGAACAGGGAGCAGAGCACUGGGAUCUUUUUGGGGUGGCUUGCGCACUGCUCGCACGCCCCCCGUUCCAUCUGCCCCACCUACCACGACUUUCAGACGAUGA